AUGACGAUAUCGAAGGCGAAGGUAAACCUCAGGAAGAGGGUACAUCGUCCGCUGCGGUCUCCGCUGCACCGUCAGGUAAGUCUCUGGAUUACUCUGCGCAUUUUUAUUCCGCUCAGACCAUCUCCUCGACCAGGCUCGAAAUAUGUUCCGCCUCAUCUGCGCAAGCGUGCGGAGGCGGAAAGCGGGCAGCCAUCUGAAGCUCAACUAAAGUUGACGAAGCAGCUCAAGGGUCUCCUCAAUCGUAUGAGCGAACAAAAUAUGGCCUCCAUUGUUGAAGGUGUGGAAGAGAUUUAUUGUAAUAACCGGCGGCAUGACGUUACGGAGACUCUGACAAAACUCAUCGUUGACGGAAUUUCUUCACAUUCGAUGCACUUGGACCAGUACGUGGUACUGCAUGCAGCAUUUGUUUCCGCUCUGCAUAAGCUGGUCGGAAUCGAAUUCGCCGCCUUCUUUGUGCAGCAUGUGGUGGCCGAGUACGACAAACACUACGCAGAGUUGGACGACCCGAGCAACCCCAAGGCCAACGCGACGCCGAGCACGGAAGACGAGCCGAUCGGAAAGGAGUGCUCCAAUCUGGUCGUCUUGCUGUCCGAGCUGUACAACUUCCAGGUCAUCUCCUCGGUACUCAUGUACGACGUCAUCCGCGCCCUCCUCGACGGCGAGUUGACGGAGUUCAAGGUCGAGCUGCUGCUCAAGGUCGCGCGAAACUCUGGACAACAGCUAAGGCAGGACGACCCGACGGCACUGAAGAGUAUCAUUCAGAUCGUCCAUACCAAGCUACCUCCAGAUGCGAGCGCGCUCAGCUCUCGCACGCGCUUCAUGAUCGAGACUCUCAGCAACCUCAAGAACAACAAGGUCAAGAAAGCUGCUGGCCAGAGCGCCGGCAACGAGGCCGUCGACAGGAUGAAAAAGUUCCUGUCCGGUUUGAGCAAGAAACGUCAAGUGAUGUCGCGUGAGCCUCUCAGAGUAUCGUUGGAAGACCUGCGGUCAGCGGAUUCCAAGGGGAAGUGGUGGCUUGUCGGCGCUGCGUGGGGAGGAGACCCGCUUGUGGAUCGUCAACAGGAAGCCGAGUCUCAAACAACGAAUCCCGCCCCUGCAGAGACCGUUAGCGAGAAUGCUCUCCUCAAACUCGCCAAGAAGCAAGGAAUGAACACCGACAUCCGUCGAAGCAUCUUCGUCGUGCUCAUGAGCAGUGAUGACUAUGUGGACGCCUGCGAGCGACUGUCACAGCUGAAGUUGACGGAGGUGCAGCAACGCGAGAUCAUCCGUGUUAUUCUCCACUGCUGUGGCAACGAGAAGCAGUAUAACCCGUACUACGCCUUUGUCAUCCAGCAGCUCUGCCGCCUCUCCCACUCGCACAAGAUCACCCUCCAGUUCUGCCUCUGGGAUUUCUUGCGGGACAUGGGCGAGACGACCGUCGGCGGCGCAGAGAUCCUCAAGAACCUCAGCGAGGACGACCACGCGGGCUUCAACGUCAAAAGCAUUUCCUCUUCGCGCAUGCGCAACGUCGCACGCGCGUACGGCUGGUGGCUCGCGAAGGACUGCUGCACGCUCGCCGUCCUCAAGCCCGUCGACUUCACCGUGCUCCGGCCGCAGUCGCAGACGUUCCUGCGCGAGCUGUUCGUGCACACGCUCGCGAACACCCAGCUUGCGACGCCGCUGCUCGCUGAGGGGCGUACGGAGGACCUGCCGACGACGCGGAACAGGGGCCCGCUCGAGGAGGUGUUCCUGCGGGGCUCGAAGAUCCAGACGGUCGCGCUGGGGCUGGUGUACUUCCUCCAGACGGCGUUCAAGGGCGAGGAGGGCUUCUUGAAGUGGGCUAGCCAGGUCGCGCUGGACGCUCUCAGGACGGGUAUGGAGCUCGUUCCUGCGUUCUAA